AAAAAAGAAUAAUUCCUCAAAAGUUUAGUGAAAAACAAGUUGCUAAAUUUAGAAAAGAAUAUAUUAAGCAAGUAAAAAGCACUAAAAUUGAGUAUUUAGAAAUAAGAGUUCAGAAAUUAAUUAACAUGAUUCAAAAACAAAGAAAGAAAAUAAUUACUGCUCUUUCACCUCUUCUUCCUGAAGGAGAGCUAUUACAAGAAUUGAUUAAAGUUUACCUAGAGUUUAUUGAAUUUAAAAAUCUAGAAGCAGAUUCUGCAGAUUAUAAUAAAAGAUGCAAUAAUUACGAGGAUAGAUAUUGGAAAUAUAUAAUCAAUUGCAAGAAAAAUUAG